AUGGAUCAAUUCCAAUUGGCGUGCGCUUUCGCCAUUUCACCAACCGCCAAAAAAAAGAAGAAAACGGUUACGGUAAGCACAAAAAAAAGUUCCCCCUCUGGGAAAAAAUAUGAGCCAAAUUAUUACUAUGUAGAUAUAUAUGCAAUGAAAUUUGAUACCCUUUUUUAAACAUUUGAAACCUACCCCAGGUUCUGAACACAAUAUUUUCUCCCGCUUCUUUUUCUCGCUCUAAUAUAAAAUUGGACAUUUUUUGGUUACGUAACUCGUAUUUUUUGGAUGAAUAUGAAUAUGAAAGUGAGUUUUUUUCUAGAGGGGAUUGGAUUUCGAGUGAACUUUGGAGCUCUGAAGUAGUUUGAUCCGGAAAAUCAGAAGUUUAGUGGAUAAUUUUGAAUCAGGAAGUUUUCUGAAAUUAGGCUUUAGGCUUGGAGUUAAUUAAGAUUUAGUGAAGUUAAGGUUAAAAUUAGGUUUUGUAAUUUUUUUUGCUGAAUUUUAAUUUAGCUUAAAUUUAGAGCUAGUGUAAGAUUUAGGGUUUCAAGAAAUUUUCAGGCUCAAAUUGAGCUCAAAAAGUUUUUUUUGAAAAAAAAUUUUGAAUUUCGGCUCAAAUAUUCCUGGACAAAUUCAGAUUUUCACGAGCUACAGUAAUCCCUAAAAUUUUUCUGUACUUGUCAUCUACAGUAAUAUUUCUCCAAUUCAUUUUCAGCGCUUCAAGUUCACCUACAGUAAUCCCUGGAAUUAGUGAAAAAUAAGUUAUGAGGUGGCAAAGCCCACAGUAAUCCAGAACCCCCUCGAAAAAAUGCGCAUUCCCCCCAAAUACAUCUAGCUUAUUUUCAGCUUAUCCAAAAAAUCAUUCCGCCAAAAAUCCAAAAAUAGGUAGUUCAGAAAAUAAAUAAGUAAAUUCGUAAAUCGAAUUUCGUAACAUUUAGCUAAAAAUAGAGUUUUGUGAGCACAAGAUUUCAGAUUUUAUUUUUUUCCAAAAAAUAAAAAGUUAAGUUGUUUAUUUUCGGUGCAAAAAUAUACUGUAUGCACUUGGAAAUCUCUGAUUAAAUUCAAAUUCCAAUUUUCUUCCGAAAAUAUAUAUUUAUUUUGAAUUUCUUUUCCUCAAAUCCGUCUUAUCUCUUUCUCGGUUUUGCCCAAAAAUAUUAUUAUAAAUAUGUAUACAAAUCAGUUUGUAUUUUCAUUUUUCGCUCACCAAAAAUUUUUCCAAUUUCUUUUGGAAUUCAAAAAGUUUCCGAUUUUUUUCUUGAAAAAAAAAUAAAUUUUUUAAUCUUCCCUCCCAGAAAAUGAAGCGAAAUUUUAAGACUUCCCCCAGAAUUUUUCAUUUUUUUCGAUUUUUGACAAUUUUUUGGAGUCUGAUUACUGUAGUGUAGAUUUAUAUUUGUUCAUUGAUGUGAGUUUGUGGUUUUUCAGGAAGUCUGGUGGGAGUACUGUAAGUGGAGAGAUUUUAGUUCCUGGUAGAUUAAAUUAUGUGGAGACUUGGGAUUCUGGAUUACUGUAGGAUAGGUUUUAGCGCGAAACAAUUUGGAUUACUGUAACAAAAAACCACAUAAUUUCAGGAUCAAAAAGUUUGAACCCGGAAAUGUGGGAUAACUGUAGUUUUCUGAGAGAUUACUGUAGGUUCCAGGAGAUUACUGCACAUGAACUAGAAAUGUGGCUUAAUGUGUUUUUUGCGCAUUGAACUUUUGGAUUACUGUAGUUCAAAAUUUGGCGCGAAAAUUCCACGAGUAUUUUGAAUCUGAAAAUGUCUAGAACAAAUCAGUAUUACUGUAGUCCACUGUGUUCUAGGAGAUUACUGUAGUUAAACUUUUUGCUCCAAACAUUUGGCUGGAAAUUAUGUGGUUUUUCGCGUCAUGGGCUUUUAGAUUACUGUAGAUCAAAACUUGACGCGGAAUUUCCAAAUUUUAAAUCUGAAAAUUUCUAGGACAAAUCAGGAUUACUGUAGUCCUACUGUAAGCAAUUUUGAGUACUGUAGGUAAUUUUGAACCUCAAAAGUUCAAAAAAUUUUGUUAAUUAAAAAUAUUCCCAGAUCUUUUGUUAGCCCUGAAAUUAGACUACUGUAGGCAAUUUUAAACUUCCCAAAAAUUCAAAAAUUUUGUAGAUCAAAAAAAUAUUCCCAGAUUUUAUGUUAGCCCAGAAAAUUGGACUACUGUAGGCAAAUUUUAUUCAAGCUAAUCGAAAUCUCGUUCUGACUAGAUCUUUGUGCUGUGCUCGACUCAAAUUUAAUAAUUUUUUUUUCGAAGAAAAUCAGAUUUUCUUUUUAAAAAUAGGAUUUCCAAAUUGCCACUAAAUUUUUUCCACUCCAAAAAUUGCUUCAAAUUCCAAAAUUUCCUCAUGCUUGAUCAAUUUUCGGUCCACAUCAAAUUUGUUGGCCAUUAAUUAAUCAAAUGUAGCUCGUGUGUCCAAACAAGAAAAUCAAAAAUUCAUCUCAGCUCCAUUGUUCUUGCACCCUGGGCGGAGCCCAAGCAUUUGGGGGGCUAGCAGCCUGCGCGCGCAAUUCUCUAACUCUCUAGCCUAUCAAUAUAUCACCGCCCCUCCUACACACCUGAAAAAUAGCUAUCCAUUUUUCCAUAAUAAUCAAAAUACUAACUAACAUAUAUAUAUAUAUAUUAAAAAAUAAUCACGGCUCAAUAUCACAUUAUAAUCUUUUUCUAUAAUCUACCUUUUUCUCUUUCUCUCUAUUAUUAUUAUUUUUUGCUAUAUACUAGUUCAAAGAAGGAAGAAGCCCUCUAUAAUAAUUAUAUAUAAUUUUGAAAGUCCAAAAUACUUUUUUUAUAUGGCGAUUUCUCAAGCGGUUAUGCAUAAAUUACAGUUUGCACGUGGCAUUGGACAACGAGAAAUGCUGCGAGCCAACACGUUACCGUCGAUUACGAGAGCUCGGGUGAGUUUGGGGGAAGUUCGGGGAACUGGAUCGGGAGGAGAGGCUCGGGUGGUUUCCUGUGAGGUUUUAUGAGGUUUAUAAGGAAAAUCUUGUUGAAAUUUUGUCCAGAGACAGCUUUUGGGGGUCAUAAGAACACUUUGAAAAUUCUAGGACCUCUGAGCCAAGCUCUGGGCUCUCAAAAGUUCAAAAAUUGCUCAUAAAAGUCAGCUCAAGAUGAUUAUUUUUUGAAAAAAAUUAGUGAUAAUCAUUGUCGAUUCACUCAAAAAAGCAUGAAUAAAUUGAGUUUUCAGAAAAAAAAUUUGAUUUCUGAAAAAAAGUUGCACUUUUUCAGACGAAAAUUAAAAAUUUCCAGAAUUUUUCAAAAAAAAAAACAGUUUUCUAUUGAUGAAUAUCUAAAACUUUAUUCUGAAAAUGAGCUAUGAUGACUUUUAUGAGCACAUUUCAGGUCUUUUUGAGUUUUCCAGAGCUCAGAACUUGGCUCCGAGAUCCAUUGGGAAACUAGAAUUUUUCGGGUGUUCUUAUGACCCCAAAAGCUGUCUGUGGACAAAAUAUUAUCCAGAUUUGAAGUGUUUUGUUGAAGAUGUGGGGUAAAUUUUGGAUUUAGGCUAACUCUCCUCAAAAUUACCGAUUUCUAGGUGAAUUUUGAUAUAAAAUUCGAAAUUUUUGGCCAAGAAGUGUGGUGUUCAUUAACUAGAAAAUCAGAAUUCCUUUCAAAUUUUUUCACAGAUCGAAUUUUUGUACAGAAUCUCCCCAUUUUGAUUUUGUACUGAAAAAUGAUUUCAUUUUCCCCUUGAGAAUAUGGGAUUGAAAAUGAAAACAAUGAUUUUAGAGAUAUUUUUCCCUCUUUUUGUUAUCAAAAAACUUUUUAAUCCGGGAAAAUCCCGAUUCUGAACAUCACUCACUCAACAUUUCUAGAAAAAAAAACUUUGCUCCAAGAAUAUUUUUCCAGCACAUGUGUACAUCGUGAGAAAAAGCCCCCAGUUCAAACAUCAAAGCCUAGCUAAAUUUUCUGGAAUUUUUUUCUAUGUGAAACUAUAGUCUAGUUCAAAUCAGAUUUGCUGAAAAUUCCAAUGUUUUUGUUUUUAUAUUUAGCCUAAAUCAAGCUUAGGAUUAAUUUAGAUCUCGAUGAUUUCGGAAGCCAAAAUUGGGAACUAUUCUUUGAAAACUGGAUUUAGAUGUUUUUAAUUUUCAAAAAAAAACAUGCUCCAAUUUCAGAACUUUCAAGUUUUUUCUGGAAAUUUUGCAGAAUGAAUAGCAACUAAUUUAACAUGAGUCAUGUUCAACCCACUUCUCCUUUUUUCCAGCAAAAAAAUGACCUUUGAAACAAAGAUGUCUUGUGAGCAAAUAAAAAAUGUAUGUUUUCAUCAGUUGACAAUGUCGCAAAAUUUAUGGCCUAACUAUGUAUGGUUAACUUAAAAAUGCACACUAGACAGAAACAUAAAGAGAAAGUACAAUGAAAGUUUGAUGUUUUGGGGGAGUGUUUGUUGGAAAUGAAAUUGAGGGAGAUAGAGAAUUCACGUGGAAUUGAGAUUCUGAAAAUUUGAGAUUCUGAAUAUUUAAAAGACUUUGAAAUUUUGAAAUUUUAAUUUUUUUAAAUUAAAAUGUUCGAAAAGUUCUUUGUGCAACAAUUAAUUUUUUUUGUUGAAAAACAAUUUUUGAAAAAUAAAUAUUUUUAAGCUUUCACAAAAAAUCCAGAAAUUUCCAGAAAGCUCGCAUUUUUCCUGAAUCCGAACAUUCCCAAAUUUAAUUCCAGGAUCAAAAUUUUCAGGAGAUUUUUGGGCUCCGAAUUUCAAAUCUUCAUUUUUGAAAAUAUCCCAAACUCAAUUAAGUUUUCAGGCAGAAUUAGCCUUCCAAAUUUUCUAAUUUUUAAAACUUCACUUCUAGGAACUUCCAAAAAAUCCCUUAAUUCCAAAUUGAAUUCUAGGUUUCCAGAUGCCUCCCCAAAACCCCAAAAAAUUCCCAAAAUUCAAUUCCAGGUCGGCUGCUUCGCUCGGCUCCGAAUCUACGAAGAAAACGCUCGUUUCGUCCUGAUUUGCCUGAUCCUGAUAAUCUAUCUGCUCUUCGGCGCCUCCCUUUUCAAUUGGUUGGAACGCGAACAUGAAGUUGAGCAGAAAAUUGAGGUGAUUUAAAUUUUAUUUUUGAAUUCAACAAAAAAUUUGUUGAAUAGAAUUGUUGAUUGAAAGGAAUUUGUUGUUAGUUAAAAAUUCCGAAACAUUCAUUUUUCUUGUUGCCUGCGCAAAAAGAAAAAUUCAAUGAAUUUCAAAUUAGCCAUGAAACAAAAACCGGGACAGCUGCAAAAUAAUUUUCUCAAGAUCUCGAAAUCAAAUUUAAAAAAAUUUGCGCGCGAAAAAUCUGAUCACCUAUAGCAACGUAGUUCUUUUGUGGGAAAAAAUAAGAAGAAGAAUAGGGGCGAAAAUAAAGGUGUUUACCUUAAAUCAUUCAAAUUUGUUCUAGUUAGCGGAAAUUGAAGAUUUUUGUUUGGAUGAAAAGGGCAGAAUGGAGCGAUUUAGGAAUUUGCAGGGAAUUUUGGGAGAAAUCUAGAAGGCUAGAGAGCUUAGAGAGGCUAGAGAGGCCUAGGAAGGCUAGAGAGCCUAUAGAAUCUAGAGAGUGCAAAUUUGCUCUACUGCACAAAAUCCCAGAAAUUAUACAAAUUUCAAACGUUCUCAAAUUUUCUUUUUUUAACACUCAAAUUGUCUUUAGAUUUAUGACGUGGAAAAAAUUAGGCCUGAAAUUAAGAUUUGGCUCCAGUCCAAGGCUGAAAUUUCAGCUUUCAAGAUUUGCAACUUCAAAUUCUACAUGGCGAAAUUUCUCAGUUUUUUUUCGGAAUUUUUUUCGGACGUCAUAACUGCAAAAUUGUAGCCGGCUAUUUACGUAAUUCCUGAGAUUUUUUGAAGGAAAAUUUUUACCUAACCUUUUUUGAAAUAAGUUGGGGAAGAGAAGAAGACUGGGAGCCUAGAAUCCUAGAAGCCUAAGCCUAUCCUAAAAAACAUUCUAAUGAUCUUCAAUUUAACAUUUUGCUCACAAUUAAACCUGAAAAAUGUCAUGGUGACUAAUCCAAAAAAAUAAAGCAAAUCAAACUAGAAUCAAUUUCCGUUUCAACUUGCAGUUUGACGAAAAAAUGCAAAAUUAUCGCGACAAAUUUUGCGGCGACAAAAACGAGACGUCGUGCGACUUCGACGCCUUCGUAGAAUUCAUCAGCAACGGCGCCAGCACUGGACUUUUGUCAAGUCGAGAGAGAUUCGAUUAUUUGGGAUCGCUGUUCUUCUCGGCUACUGUGAUCUCGACGAUUGGUGAGCGCUGAAGUCUAGCCAAACCCCUUCAAAAAAUAUUUUCAGGAUUUGGUACAUCUACACCGCAUACUAGUUGGGGAAGAUUGCUGACAAUUAUUUAUGGAGUUGUUGGCUGCACUUGUUGUGUGCUCUUUUUCAAUCUGUUUUUGGAGCGAUUGGUGACUGGAAUGUCGUAUAUUUUGAGGUGGGUUUGAGAUACUCUAGAUCAAAAGAAGCCUGGAAGUUUUGAUCUAGAGCUUUAGGCCUAAGCCUGUCUUUUCUCUGAAAUUUUGACAUUUUUUGAGUCUUCAGAAAUUGGUUUCAGAUUUUUUUCUCAAAAAAAUGCGAGAUUCUUUGAAGUCUUGAAUUAAGAGUCUUAAUCCUCAUUCGGAAGUUCAGAAAAUCCAAAUUUGUUUUCAGAAACCAUAGUUGAUUCCAGAACACAUCAGAAAAUUCUUUGAAAUUUUUGACAAACGUCAUGAAGUCCUUUAGAUUCUAGAGAAAAUGUCCUUUUUCAGAAAAUCCCCCAAAGAUUCUUGAAAAAAACGUCAUGAAAAUCAGAAUUCUUGAAUCUUGAGAGAAUUUUUAUUGAAUACCGAUCUUUAGAAACCGCAACGCGCUCAAUUUUCAAAUACAAGCAUUUUUAGCUUGAAAACAGUUCUAAAAACCGCGACGCUUGACCGCAACGCUGCUGAAAAAAUUAAAAAUGUCUAGAAAUUAUCACAAUUUUUUUCUAGAGAGAAAUGCCCAUUUUCAGAAAAUCAGAAGAUUCUUGAAUCUAGCUUCCCCCAUCAUUUUUUUCCGAUUUUCAGAUACCUGCGCGAGCGAAAAAUCCAGAAUCGUCUCAAAGAAAAUGGCACCAAACCGGUCACCCUUCUAAUCAAUAAUGAGGAUUUCAAUGAAUCGUCGAGUUCCUGUGAAGGACAUAUGGAUAAUUGGAGACCGUCGGUUUACAAAGUGUUUUUCAUUUUGUUCAGCAUGUGCCUGUGUUUGAUCAAUUUAUCGGCUGCGGUUUAUUCGAUCAUGGAGGAUUGGCCUUAUAUUGAUGCGUUGUAUUUUUGUUUUAUCAGGUAGGGUGAUUGGAGAAAAAAAAUCAAUACACCGCGACGCUUGACACACGCGUUGCGGUCAAGCGUCGCGGUUCAAAUUCCAAAAAAUUGACGUCAUAUUGAAAAUUGGUGAGAAAACGUUUCAUUUUUUCAUAAAUGUACAUAGUUCUUGAGAAAAUUCCUGAUUUUCCAAGAGAUUUUCAGAACCCGCGACGCUUGACCGCAACGCGUUCAAUUUUCCCCAACACCCAGAAUUUUCAAAUUCACACCAAACCACAUUUUGUAGCUUGAAUUCUAAAAAUUAAAAAAAACCGCGACGCUUGACCGCAACGCGGCUGAAUUGGUUUCGAAUAAAAUAUAAUUCGAUUUAUCAACACCCGCUAACAAGAUUUGUUUUAGAAAAAAAAAUUAUGUAUAAACAAGAAAAAUUUGAUUUACCAUAACUAAAUUUUAAAAAAUAAUUCCAAAUUUUUCAGCUUCGCCACAAUCGGAUUCGGCGACUAUGUUUCGCACCAAAAAGACACGUCAAACUACGAAAAUCCGGUCGCCUAUAGAUUUCUCAAUUUCAUUUUACUCACCUUCGGAGCCUGCUUUUUCUAUUGCUUGUCAAAUGUUUCCUCAAUUGUUGUCAGACAACUUUUGAAUUGGAUGAUCAAAAAAAUGGAUGUUAAAGUCGAAGAUCGCGCUUUCCUAUGCUUCAAGAAGAAGAGAAGAUACAUGGGCUUGGGAUUGAGACCACCAAAAGGUUAUGAUAUGACAUCGGAAAGAUCGAGUGUAGAUUAUGCUGAUGGAUUGUUGUCACUCAAGGAAUUCUUGAUGAACAAUCAGAGUUCAAUGAUUAUGCUGCAGAAACAACUCAUCAAAUCAGCGAUGAAAAAUGCGGAUGAAGAGCAAAAGAUAUCAGCGACUCGGGUUGGACCGAUGGGCAUUUUGGAUGAAGCGUUUGGUGAUGAGCCUUAA